AUGGUCGCAGCUGCUGUUAGGUUCAAGUACAGUGCAACGCCGACACCAUUCUGGGUGUGGAUGGUCCUCAUCUCAUCCUCAUGCGCCACCGUCUACCAGCUCUACUGGGACUUUGUCAAGGAUUGGGGCUUUUUCACUCCCAAAUCUAAGAACCUAUGGCUUCGGGAUGAUCUCAUCCUGAAGAACAAGUUCACCUACUACAUUUCUAUGAUGCUAAAUCUAGUGCUUCGGCUGGCAUGGACUGAAAGUGUGAUGAAGAUCCGUGUUAGCAAGAACGAGACUCGCCUACUGGAUUUCUCUCUUGCCUCCUUGGGAAUAAUCCGACGAGGGCACUGGAAUUUCUACAGGCUGGAGAACGAACACUUGAACAAUGUUGGCAAGUUCAGAGCAGUGAAGACUGUCCCAUUGCCAUUUCGUGAACUCGAAACGGAUUGA